ACAGAUUCUCUGGAAGAGUCUGACACCUCAAAGUGAAAAUAAAACAGGUCCUGUUCAGAGCUGAAAACUCGCUUCGGACAUGAAAUCUGACCAUUUAAAUUAAAACUAUUAAAACAUUUUAAUAGUUUUCCCUGAAGAUGAAGCUGUUUCUGCUGUUUGUGAUUCUCGUGGGCGUUUCCCAUCAUGCCUCGGGUCUCGAGGUGUAUGAGGGGGCGGAGUCUGUCCUGCUCCCCUGCUAUUUACAUGAUUUACCUGAGGAUCCAGUGGUUGUGUGGAGCCGAAACGACCUCAAUCCCACGACCAUCUACCGGCAUCAGGAGAGGGCGAAGUCACACGUCCCAAACCAGCGUUUCAUCAGCCGGACGUCGAUGUCACCUGAUGCUCUGGAGACUGGAAACUUCAACCUCACUCUGAACAAACCUCAAGUCUGGGACAGCGGCAUUUACACCUGCAGCAUCCUCAGCGAUGGAUUGAAAGUGGAAGAGAGACAAGUAGAGCUGCAGGUUAAAGUGCCAUACACUUUCCCAGCCGAGGCCUGGGUUCUCCUGAUCCUGGUUAUUGCUGUUGCUUUGGGUCUUUCAAUACAUCUUUGGCUCAACUUCAUCCCAGUGUCAAAGGUGGAGCUGAAGGAGGGGAUGUCAUCUGUCGUACUUCCUUUCAAAACCAUCAUCAAGCUGCCUGUAGGUACCACUGUGGAGUGGAGCCGCUCUGAACCUGAACCCAUGAAGGUUCAUGUUUAUGAGAGCAGCGACCUUCCCGUGAAACAAGACCAGAUGUACAGAGACCGCACAGAAAUGGAGACAGACAGACUGAAACAUGGAGACCUGAGUCUGACCCUGAGGAACCCAUGCUACCGAGACCGAGGCACCUACAUCUGCACCGUCCACAAGGACAGUAAAAUCCUGACACAGAAAGUAGUGCGACUCUGGGUCAAAGAUGUCCUUGUGGAGAUGGAGGAGUGGUCCACAUCUGUCACACUGCCCUUCAAAACAACACGGGAGCUGCCUGAAGGUUCAACAAUAGAGUGGAAGCGCAUUAAACCUCAACCCAUGGUUGUCCAUGUGUACGAGAAUGAUCGAGACCAAACUGAUGAACAGGAUGAAUAUUAUCGUAAUCGCACAAAGAUGAAUGAUAACCCACUGGAGUCCAAAGACCUCAGUCUGACCCUGACUAAGCCAGGACUGAGUGACAGAGGGACGUACGUCUGCACCGUCAGCCAUGAUGGAGACAUCCUGACACAGAGAGCUGUGGUCUGCCGGAUCAAAGAAGUCCUUGUGGAAGUGAAGGAAUGGGAGAAAUCUCUCAAACUUCCCUUCAAAACAACACAUACGCUGCCUGAAGGUUCAGCAAUAGAAUGGAAACGUACUGAACCUAAACCCAUGGUUGUUCACGUGUACGAGAACGGCAAAGACAAACCUGAGAAACAGAAUGAACAAUACCGUGGUCGCACAAAGAUGAAUGAUAACCCACUACAGUCCAAAGACCUCAGUCUGACCCUGACUAAACCAGGACUGAUUGACAGAGGGACGUACGUCUGCACCGUCAGCAAAGAUGGAGACAUCCUGACACAGAGAGCCGUGGUCUGCUGGGCCCAUGUCUUCUCAGACGUCGUCGUGGAGGUGAAUGAGUCGUCUAAAUCUGUUAUACUGCCCUUUAAAACCACACGUCACCUGCCUUCUCAUGUAAGAAUAGAGUGGAAGCACAUUGAACCAGAACCCAUGGUUGUUCAUGUGCACGAGGACGGCCGAGACAAACCUGAAGAACAGAAUGAACGUUACCGUGGUCGCACAACAAUGAACAUUGACCCACUACAGUCCAAAGACCUCAGUGUGAAACUGCAUGAACCAGCACUAAGUGAUGGAGGAACCUACAUCUGCACCGUCAGCCACGAUGAAAAAUUACUACUACAGAGAACAGUGCUCUGCCGCUUCAAAGCCAUCACUGUGGUGGUGCAGGAGUGGUCUGAAUCUGUCACACUGCCCUUCAAAACCACACAUGAGCUGCCUGAAAAUAUAGAAAUAAUAUGGAAACGCACUGAACCUGAACCCAUGAUUGUCCACGUGUACAAGAAUGGUCGAAACCACCCUCAGGCACAGAAUGCAUAUUACCGUAGUCGAACAAACAUGGACCGUAACCCACUACAGUCCAAAGACCUCAGUCUGACCCUGACUAAACCAGGACUGAGUGACAGAGGGACGUACGUCUGCACCGUCAGCCAUGAUGGAGACAUCCUGAUACAGAGAGCCGUGCUCUGUCACAUCAAAGGUGUUUAA